GGGAUAAGGCUGACCCCUCGGGCUCCUUCCCCCUGCUCCACUCACACCGCCAACCACUCGCCCACACCCACUUGCCCCCUCUCCCCCUCUGGUUCCGCCUCCCUCCUCCAGAUCCCCCUUCUCCCGAGCGCAUCCAUGGCCAUGCCGCGUGAGUAGCUGCGACCACCAGCCUUUACUCAUCGCGCCAAGACAUCCAUGAGCUACGCCGUCGUCGUCUCCUUCGACUACAUCCAGCAGAUCGAGCCGGGACUUCGUCAAGCUUCAGGAUCGAGACUUCUCCCCAUCGGACACCGUCGCCAUCUUGCCGCUGUCCCGCGAGCUCCGGUCCAACUCCCGCCUCCCCGACCUCGCCUACGUGCUCGCAACCCUGAGACCGCUGCUGAUGCCACAGUGAUCGACUACAUCAACGACAACCCUUCCCUUCCAGCAGAGCUUCCAGAUGGUGGAUCCCUGGAACCAGAUGCCACCGUUGACGGAUACUGCUACGUGGAGACCGCUGACGACUAGGAGUAGUUAGGAGGUCCGAGGCAGGAGGCCUUGCCUCUUCGAUCGUGUUGCUUUUGUGCUAGACUUCUUAAGGCAUCCUUGUUUA